CCAAUGUUCGCCACCCAUACAUCCUUUUGUGAGCAACACUGUGAGGAAAAGACGCCGUCGACACAAAAUCAACCCAAAAUUAGAGUCAGAUUUCGCUACUUUCAAGAUGUCGUAUAAAGGGAGUCGGAUGACCGGGACCAGCCGGGUGUUCCCGUGUCCAGAUCCCAACGCCCCAAUUCCCAUCCCUACCAAGAUCUUCUCCAGUAGUACCAUCGUGGAGAAGAUGAUGCUAAAUUGCAGUGGCCACUCAACUCUACAGGACAUUGUGAACCUUGACCUGUCCAACAGGCGCAUUUCGACCCUUGACCCGGCCGUAUUCUCUCGUAUGAGUAGUCUGGUAGAUCUGAACUUGACCAACAACCGUCUGACCGGUUUCCCUCUCUCGCUCGGACUACGCCACCUCAAGAAACUCAACUGUAACACCAACCUCCUCAAAUCUGUGCAGACUCUGGAGCAGUUCCCUAAUGUAGAGGAGCUUCACAUUGAGAACAAUGAACUCACUGUUGCUGACCAAUACAUUGCUGUCUACAUGCUUCCCAAGUUGAAGGUGUUGAACGGGAAAGAGGUAGAUCUCAGAGAAACAAUCCUCAAUAUGGAAGAAACCCUCCAAGAACAGGUGCAUAUCUUGUGGGCAGAGAGCUGCGCUCCUCUCUUGAAAGACCCUAUGAGCAAAGCAGAGAUUCAGAUGCUUGAGCAGCAGUUCAUUGAACUUCUCAAAACCCAAGUACAGUUUGGACCAGACGCCCUCACAGAUUUCACACAUCACAUGCUUACUGUAUUAGCUGAGAAGUGUGUACGACAGAUGACUGCUCAUCUACGUAAGAUCGCCGAGCCGGGAACACCCAUAUCCAAGGUACAGAUCGUGGUCAGGAACGAGGCUGGAGCCUCUGCACACAGAGCACACAUGAGCAACGGCAAUGCAGCCGCACUUGCUAAAUCAGUUGAGAAGAGACAACUGCAAGCUCAAGCUAGCGGUGUACAGGAACCCGCCCAGAAGAAGGCCAAAGCAGUACAGGCCGGUGUCUCCCCCAAGGGCAAGGUCCCAAAGACGUCCGCCAAGCGGAAGAUGAUAGAAGCUCAGAAGAUGCAAGACACUGGGGUGGUCGAAGGGGCGGAGGAGGAACCCAAGCCGGAGAUCAAAGCAGAAGAAGUGGUGGAUGAGGUGGAUGAGGAGAUGGAGAGCCAAGGUUCUAACCAGGAAUGUGGUAUUGCGUAUGAGCCUGUACAUCUCUUGAGAUGUCAUUCGGUAGACAACGACCCGACGGACUGUAAGACCAACGUAUGGAAAUGUGCAUUCGAACCAAAUCCUGAAAUAGAAGGUGCAAGUAAAUGGACCGUUGCAACAUGUGGCAGUAACCAGGUUUGUGUCAUUGACUGUAACUCUGGCAAGGUACUCAAGAAAUAUCAACACACAAGAGAGAAAGAGGAGUUCUACUGCAUUGCUUGGACCAAGCUGAGCGUCAUCACCGACCUGCACCGCAGACCCACCACUGUCCUGGCUGCAGGGGGUGUGCGAGGUUCCAUCAAGCUACUCCACACCACCCAGCUACUCUGCUAUGCUGAGAUCAAAAUAGCCAAAGCAAAACCAGUCAACUGCUUGCUCUUCCAUCCAAAGAGACCCACAUGGCUCUUCUGUGGAUCAGAAGACAUCACUGUCAUUGACAUUGGUGUUCCACAUGGACCGGACCUCAAAACCAGACACAAGAAACUGUUUACAUUGGAAGCACCAGGUAGAUGUCUUGGGUUAGUGAUCUGCCCCAAGUCUAACUUCUUGAUGGCUGGCUGUGACAAUGGAUGCUAUGGAUGGGAUCUAGAUGUCAAGGGACCCAUCGCCAAAACAGAAAAAACCCACAGUGUAGAGUUCCUGUUGCCAAGUAAGGCAAGGCUGAUGGGGGAUGAGGAAGAGGUCAUUGAAGACAGUGGUGAGAAGGAAGGAGACAUGAUUGAUGGACUUGCACUUCUCAAAAACGAUCUCAUUGCAAGCAAAGUGGCGUGUGAUGGCGCCAUUCACGUAUGGAGUCUGUCCAAGUCUCGUAAGCGACAGGUACCAGGAAGCAAGGAGGUCACCAUUGAUCCUCAUUACACAUUAGAAUGGUGCGACUCAGACAGCGUCUACCUCGACAUUGGCACAUGGCCAGGAUGCGGAGUGUUGGUGAGUGGUGAUGAUCAAGGAGAGGUCUGGGUUUAUGAUGUCAGCAAGAAAGUCCAUUCAAAGAACAGGAAGCCAGUCAAACCAAGUCAGCUCCUUCCUUGGCCUGAAAACAACGAGCAAGAGAUUGAGGAGGAGGAGGAGGACACCAAGAUCAAGGAGAUAUCAGAUCAGGAAGCAGAAGCAAUCCUCAAGCAACAGGAAGCAGAAGCAGGCAUCAAGCAACAAGAGGAGGACCCUGAGGCCAUUAAACAACAGGAGGAGGAGGUAGAAGCCAAACCAGCUGAAGAGAUGGCUCAAGAACAAUCCACAGCGGAGAGUGCAGUGGCACAAGUCUUGGAGGAAGUGGUUUCUCAGGUUGUGGGUGAUGAUGGUAAAGAGGAAAGUGUUGUUGCGCAGGAAUCGGCCGAGGAGCCAAAAGAGGAGGAGAAACCAAUGGAGAUACCCGUGGAGGAUGGACAGAAAGAGGUGGCGGAAGUUGCAAUGGAAGUAGUAGCAGAGACUGCUCCAAUGGUAGUCAGUGAAAUAGAGGUGGUGGUGGAGGAAAAGGCCAAGGAGGAGGAGGAGGCUGUCGAGAGUUCAAAAGCAGCUGAGACUGAGCAAGAGAAGGUCGAAGAAGCAGAGAUCGCAGAGGCAACAUCAGAAGACAAAGAUGCUAAGAUGGAGGAAGGAGAAGAGAAGGUUGGAGAUGAGGUGGAGGUAACAACACCACAAAAGAGGGGGAGAGGACGUCCUAAGAAGGUCCUCAAUGCGACGGAAGAAGCUGCUAAGCAAGCGAAAGAAGAAGCAGCUAAGCAAGCGAAAGCAGAACGAGAAGCAACACCAGGUACUCCACGGGGAAGAGGAAGACCUAAGAAAGUUGCAUCUCCUGGAGCAUCUCCUAGAGUAUCUUCCGGAGAUAAAGACUCUGAAAAGCCGCAAAGGGAUUCGUCGCCCAGAGCAGCAGCAACCUCAUCCGCAGCCCAGACCGCCAGGGCAAGGAGAGAAGCAAAGAUCCAGGAAGCCGCCAAGCAAGAAGCAGCCAAAAAAUCCAAGUCGGCUAAGAUUAAGGCAGUCAAAGCUGAGAAAAAACUUGAGGAGAAAGCCAAGAAGAGGGCUGAAGCGGAGAAGGCCAAGGCAGAGAAGGCCCAAGCCAAAGCAGAUAAUGCCAGGGCAAGGGCUGAGAUCGCAGAAUUGAGACAAUCAUUGAAGAAAUCCAAAGGAGCUGAAGAGCUGAUGAACCUCGCUGACUCGGAAGACAGGAUCAUCGUCAAUGACGUCGCAAUCAGCUCGGACUGCAAGUUUAUCGUUUCCGUUACAAACAAGAACCUCAUCUGUGUAUGGCAGAGAGUAUAAUCCUGUUUCCUGUGUGUUUUGUAUAGUUUCUUUGUAAAGUAUUGAUUCCUAGUUGCUACUUGACUGAACAUUUACUAUUUCAGGAAGCUUCUAGUCCCCAAAACCACACUUUGCAUUGCAACUGUUAUUGUAAAUAAUGCAGUCAGAUGCUUGCAUUUGGAUAAAUGGUACUUUAAUCAUCAGUUUAUAUGCCAUCAUGUUUUUUUUUAAUAAAAAAGCUAACUACAUGCAAUCUUGUUUGAAAAAUUUGUAUUAUACUGAGUCUUACUGACAUAUAUUCCUCUUUCUUCCUAUCCUGAAAUUUGUUAAUCUAUGGGACGACGAUUUGUCAUUUGUUCCUAAACUUUUAGAAGGUAGCUUUCAACUUUCUCUAUCCUAUUGACCCGAAAAGAUAAAUUGUACAUUUGUUUCAUAUAUAGUGCUUUCUGCUCCAACUCCAUGUGAACAAGUUUUAAUUGAUUUUACGUUUAUGCAGUAUUUUAUAUUUUAUUUAAGUCCUUUAUAAAUUUGGCUUUCUCAAUAUCUGAAUUUUAAUUAAUGAUCAUGGGUAGAAUAUCAAUUUUAAAUCCCUCCAAUGAAAUACAUUAUGUUUUAAUGAUUUUUUGCAUGAUGUAAAAUUGUAAUCACUAUCAACAUUAAUUUUGUUUCAUGUUUUAUUAAUUCACACUUUUUAUAAAGCUACUUCAAAGACAAUCAUGAUUUUGCUUUCAGACAUCUGUUAAUUAUACACCCAUCUGUGUUAACUGAUGUUUGUGUAAAGAUGGUACAUACUUUUGCCCGUCACUUAAGUUUAAUUAUUGUAAGUUGAUACCAAAUUUGUAAUUUGGAACAUCUGAUCUGUGCACGAGUGCUUUAGAAGUGCAUCAGAAGAAAUAGAAUUCUCACCCCAUCCACAUUCAUCACUGCAUAUUUACUACUUUUUGCUGAACUCAUAUUCCCAAAUGUUAAACUAUCUUUUGGUACGCUCCAGUGUACUUAUUAUCAAUGGUUUGUGUAGAUCGAGUGUAAAUUUUGCUUUUUUAGGGUAGUGUCAAUUAUAUUUUUACUCCUAAGUCAGGCCAUUAUCUACAUCCUGGCCAUAGGGUUGCCAAAUGCUUGUAAUCAGGUGUAUUUUAAAUGGAUUUGCAAUUGAUGAUUCUGUUCUGAUUUUUGUGGUAAUUUGGAAUAGCGACUCGAUCUUUGGAAAAUAUGAAUCUAGGAUAUUUAUGUAUACUGUUGGAAUGACUCGGUCCUUUGUAGAUACAAAAACAUGUUUCAUCCCUAAAUAAGCGAUUGUGUUUCAUAGGUGUAUAUUUGAAAAUAUUUUACACAUUCCUGGCAAACAUGUACACUAUAGAGAACAAAAGGAGAGAGGAAAUGCCAUGUUUUUGUAGGGGGAAAUGAAAUAUUAAAGCCAAUAUAUUUUAUUUUGUCCUUGGGCACCAUUCUGAAUUCCUACAUUGUCAAUCUGGGCCCCGUUUCAUAAAACUUGUUAUCAGUGACAUAAGCUGAACAAAUAUGUUCUCAACCAAUCAAAUGCCACGAUUUCAGUAGCUUAUAACAGUAAUUGAAAUUUGUCAAUGAUAACAAGUUUUGUGAAAAGAGGGCCUGGCCUUAGAUUUCAGAUGUCUGUCUUUUGUUUGCAGAACUGGAUGCCACUUAGGUGGAAAUGCUUCCUUUUCGUUCACAGCUUUCCUCUUUUCAUGUACAUAAUGUUUAGAGAUUACAUAGGGGAAAGGGGACACUGUAAGUAGCAAAUAAUUGUGCUUGGGUUUUUUAGGAUUCUGAGAGGGAACGUUUUUAGUUGUGGUUUUAAUAAGGUUGUACGUUCAACAUUUUUUAAGAGUACCAGAUAGCUGUACCAUGUGCAUGUAAAUAACACAAAUUGCCUUGUCAGAUUCAGCUGGUCGGAGUUUUGAUUUAUAUUUUUGUUAUUUGGCUAUCAUGUGUCGCUCAUCAUUAGAACGUUAUCCGUAUGACAAUAUGAAGAGUGCAUGUGUUUAUUAUUGAAAAUAUUUGAUGUUUUUUAGAUCAUUGAGGGUUUUCUUGACAAUAUGCUGUUAAAUAUGUACUUUUCAUGAUGAUGUUGUAUAUAAAAAGACUUGAACAUUCACUUCAAGUAACAGCAAUUGUAAUUGAAAUAAAAUUCUGAAACCGAAA